AUGAGUAAUCAAAGCGAAAGUGCACAACAGACCCAACCAGAGAUCAAUGAUACAAACCAUUCAGUCAAACUUGAAGUACCUCAAACGACUAGUACUGAGUUUAUUUGUCGAUGGAGUGAUUGUACUGAAAACACAUACAGCAAUUUGACAUCCUUAGUCAACCAUUUAAAUAGUAAACACAUUGGACAACUUCCACCAGGGUCAAAUACGAAAUACAUAUGUUAUUGGGAAAACUGUACUAGAUAUGGACUAGAUCAACCAAGUAGAUUUGCUUUAAUAUCUCAUUGUCGAACCCAUACUGGUGAAAAACCAUAUUUUUGUCCAGUUCCUGAAUGUGAAAAACAUUUCACUCGUUCCGAUGCCUUGACUAAACAUGUUAAGGGGGUACAUGAUUUACAUAGUGUUAAAGACCAAUUGAUCUUAUUGAAAGAUAAGUCUAAAAAGGGUCAAAUUGAUCUUGGAGUGAAUGUUGAAGAUUUAUGUGAAGAAGAUUAUUUGAGAAUCAUUGAACAAGAUCAUGAAAUACAAAAACCAUGGUGGUUUACAAAUGAGUUUUUAAAUGUUUUAAAAGUUGGAAGCACUGAAAAGGACAAGGAAAACCAAGAUGAUUUAAUUAAACAGAUUGAAACAUUACCAUUUGAUAUGAAACAAUUUCAAUUGGCAAAUUCUAGAUACAAACAAUUUAUAAAUUCCUCUACUCGGGCAAAUAACGAGAUUGAUGAAGAAGAGGAACUUGAUGGGUUAGUACCGAAAUCAGAUGAUAAUAAUUCAGUUAUUAAUGUAGUUAGAAAACAAUUGCAACAUGAAAACCCCAAUAAAAAAUAUCCUAGAAUUAUGAGCAACCCAGUAUUGGAACGUUUAUCUAAUAAUACCAAGAAACUAGCACAUGAUUAUAUUAGACAUGAUAAUAAUACAAAUGACGAUGAUAUUGAUAGAAUACUGGAUUUGGAAACUUUAAAAACGUUACAUGACAAAUUAGCUAAUCAAUUGAAUACAGCAUAUAAGAUUAACAAAGUUUUGGCAAAUCAAUUGACUUCAAAUAUCAAAAUGAAAAGAAAGUUAUGGGCUUAUAGUCAAUUACUAAUUGAUGCAAACAUUCAAGUUGGAUUACCUCCUGAAGCAACAAGUAUAGCUCAACGUGUUAUGCAAGAUGAAUAUGAUGAACAAUUGUUACGUGGUUAA